AUGGAUAAGAGAUUUUACAAAACUUGUUCAAAACAUGCUUAUUAUUAGUAUAUUAAUAGAUAUGAUCCAAAAUUGUUAGCAACAUACUAGACUGGGUAUUAUCAUGGAAUCGGCAGACAAGGGUUAUUCAAAACAUUAGUUUUGAGAUAAGCAGGUGAUAGCAUUGGAAUGGAAGAAGAUCACAGUUAUACAUAUAAGAUGCAUGUUAUGGCUAUGAACUUGAUGUAUAGAAGUGGUUGGGUAUUAUUUGCUUACAUUUUAAUUUGGAAUACAUUUUUAUUGGGAGAUCCUUGUUAAGUUUUUAAUACUUCAUACUGGGACUUAGCAUGCAAACCAUCAGGAGAUAUGGAUUACAAUACAAGAUAUGAAAUGUUGUAUGUUCAAGACAGAGUAUUAAGAUUCUGAUCCAUUAAAUAUAAAAUGUUAUUAUUAUUUUAACCAU